AUGGUGGAAAUGGUUAGUGAAUUUGAUCCAAUAAUGAAAGAGCACCUUCGUCGGGCUAAUGCAAAAGAGAUUCAAUACACGUAUCUUGGCAAAAAAAUUCAAAAUGAGUUCAUACAGUUGUUAGCUAAUGAGGUAGAUGAUACAACGGGACUUGGACUUACAACCGAGCUUCAAAAGGCUUUGAUCAAACUCGAUCUGGAUAUUGAUGACAUUAGAGGGCAAGGGUAUGAUAAUGGAUCUAACAUGAGUGGAAAGCACAAAGGACUUGUUUCAUUUCUUGAAGAUUAUAGAGAAUUUGGAUUUGCCAUUGCCAUGGAUGAAGCGACAAAAAAGGCAAACAAAAUGGGAAUUGAAGCUAGGUUAAGGAGUGCAACUUUAUCAAGUUUGUUGAACUCUUGUAUGAAUCUUGAGAAAUAUCUUGAACAUAAUAGGCUUUCGGAUAUCAGUGGAGAUGAUUUAUGUUCGGAGUUACAAGUCUUGAAGAUUUAUUUACCAAAUGAAGCAACAAGAGCAAUUGAAGUGCUACACUAUUUGAAGACAUUGGAUAUUUGUUUCCCAAAUGCUUAUAUUGCUUACGAAAUUUUGUUAACCGUACCGGUUACAACUGCAUCUGCGGAAAGAAGUUUCUCGAAAUUGGAGUCGAUUAAGACCUAUCUCUGA